CCGAGAAUAUGAUCAUUGAAAAACCUACCUUGCAAGACUGCCUCGAGUCGUGCGAUACAGAGAUGUCUAUGUACCUUGACCCGGAAUAUUGUCUUAGACUUCCUUGUUAAAGGGGCACUGAUCCAGAGCAAUUUCCGUGGACUGGUUGUUGCGAAAAUACGAAAAUAGGAUUGCAGCGAUUCGACAUGGCGUGUUGCAACUUGUUCAAGGACCUGUUCGGUUGACUGUUGAAACACAAACAUUGUGCAGUCCAUAAUAGUCGCCUUCAGCGCUGAUCACUAUGUUCAUCCGUUUAGAUAUUAUUUCAUAGACCAAUGGCAGCUGGUAUACGUGUAAUCCGAGGUCCUGAUUGGCAGCACGGGGAGCAGGAUGGAGGAGAUGGUCACGUGGGCACCGUGGUGCAGUAUGGGAGUAACAGUACUGCUAAGGUGGUCUGGGAUAAUGGCACUGAGGUCAGCUGUAGAAUUGGACUAAACGGAAAACAUGACUUGCGUAUUUUUGACAACGCCACUGUUGGUGUCCGUCACACGAAGAUCUGUGACGCCUGCACAGAGAAUGGCAUUGUGGGUAUCCGUUGGAAGUGCUCAGUUUGUGAUGACAUCGACCUUUGUUCCGUGUGUUACGUCACAGACAAGCAUGACCUGACACAUCCAUUUCUGCGUAUUGACUCUGUCGGCGCACAGGCAGUACCCGUGGGCAAACGAAACCAGUGUAUGAAGGCCCGGGCUAUGGGCAUCUUCCCCGGGGCAACAGUGGUGCGGGGCAAGGACUGGAGAUUUGACAACCAAGACGGAGGACCUGGAGGUAAAGGUCAUGUGACGUCACUGAACACACCAACAACUCUCUCUGCCCGCAGUGUUGUGGAAGUAGCCUGGGAGGAGGGACAUACCAACUCUUAUAACAUGGGCCACAAAGGUCUGGUGGACCUGAAGUACACAGACGAGGCUCCGGGGCCUGACUAUUACCCCAAACAUCUACCACUACUGGAUGCCACAUCGGCGGCGUUUACCGGCGCCAUCAGCAACACAGACUCUGGCAUCAAGGAAGGGGACAAGGUGUGUAUUGAGCUGGACGAGGAGGCGCUGAAGGAAGUGCAUGAAGCUGCAGGGAGCUGGUCGGCGGGCAUGGCAAGGCUUAUUGGCAAGACGGGUACGGUGCGGGGGUUCUCCCAGGCGGGGGAUGCCACUGUGGAGUUUGACAGUCAGAAGUGGAGAAUUGUGCCAAGUGCUCUCAGAAAGGUCCCGAAACUGUCUCCCGGCAACGUUGUGAGGAUCACUGACGACGAGGAGACGGUCAAGAACCUCCAGGAGGAUCAUGGCGGAUGGCUUGAUGACAUGCAGAAGGUGCUCGGUCGACGAGGUCGUGUCGUGAAGAUCGACUCUGAUGGAGACGCUGCUGUCAAAUUUGGUUCCAGAGUGUAUCUCUUCAAUCCAUGCUGCUGUAAAGUGGAGGAUGGAGAAUUUGACGAGGAUGAAGAUGAUGAUGAUGACGACAGCGACGACAUCGACGACGACGACGACGAUGAUGAUGGUGAUGAUGAUGAGGAGGAAGAACGUUUAAGAUUGCAACUUGGAGGAGGAUUCGGAAACUUUAUCGCUGGCCUGGCGCUGCUAGAAGCUCUACAAGAUGUCCAACAGCAGGAUGCAGGGACAGCCGUGUUCUUCAAGGCCAUAUUGGAAGACGAUAUAAGUGCUGCGAGGAAUCUCAUCCAGAGGGACUCCGAUCUGGUGAACAGCACCUACAUGGGCGUCACCCCUCUACACACGGCGGCCCAUGAGAACAAACUGGACUUCGCCAGGUUCCUCAUCCAACACGGUGCUCAGAAAAACACCAGGGACAAAGAUGGGGACACAGCCCUGGCAUUAGCUGUUGGCAGAUCACACGAAGCUGUCGCUGUGUUCCUCAUCAACGCAGGAGUCGACGUGAACACCUCCAACACUAAAGGCCGAUCUCCUCUCCACAUGGCUGCCUACAGCGGACAACCAAGGAUCAUCAAACUGCUCAUAACCAAAAACUGUGACGUCAAUGCCAAGGAUGUGAGCGGAGACACAGCACUCCAUGACGCGGUGGAGAAAGGCAGUCUGGAGGCGGUGGCCGCCAUAUUGUCGUCGCCAAGAGUGGACGUCAGAAUUACAAACGCCAAAGGAUUCAUGCCGAUCCACAUGGCAGCGAUGGGGCAGAAGGGAAGUAUCGUAGAGAAGAUUAUUCUGAAGAACAGACAGGUUAUAAACGCUGCAAAAGAAGAUGGUUGGACGGCCCUCCAUCUGGCCGCCUACAAUGGCCAUGCUGAUGUCAUCAGUGUUCUUAUCAAGUACAAGGCUGACCUGAGAGCAAAAAACGCGUUACAAAAAUCAGCGCUACAUCUGGCUUGUGAGAAUGCCUACUUCGACCCUGUCAAGACACUUGUGGACAAUGGCGCCGAGGUAAAUGCUCAAGACAAAGAUGGCGACACCCCCUCUCCAUAUCACAAUGAUGGGGAAGACUGGAGGGUUGAUGCUGCAAAUUCUGAUGGGUCAACUUCCCCGGAUGGACGAGGAAGCAAGAGUGCGAAUCGCCACCUUCCUUAUCGAGCACAGAGCUAACCCGGAUAUUCGUAACCAUAGCAACAUGACCCCGUCUGAUAUGUGCCGGAGUGACAGAAUAAAGGAGGCAGUAGCCUCGUUCCGAAAGUCAAAGGAGUCGGGCCGGCCCACCAGUUCCCGUGGACGGCUGCUGCUGUGCUCCAAGUGUCAGAACGUCAGAGCCUCUGCUGUCUACCUGCCUUGUGGCCACAAGGACACCUGUCCCCUCUGCUGCAAGUCUGUACGUCAGUGUGGCAUCUGUGGCAGGGACGUCCACAGAAGAGUCGGAGAAGGUG